UGCUCUGAAAAGCCAUCUUUGCAUUGUUCCCGGGUCCGGCUCUCUGCUCCCCGCAGCCACCUCCGCCGCGCCCCUUCUUCGCCGCCGCAGUGGACUCCGGCACCUCUCUCGCCAGAGUCCCCGAACUCUCGUACUCUUUGUCAUUCUCUGUAUCGGAUCACCGACGUGCCCCAUCAUGUCAGACGCGGCUGUGGACACCAGCUCCGAGAUCACCACCGAGGACUUGAAGGAGAAGAAGGAGGUUGUGGAGGAAACAGAAAAUGGAAGAGACGCACCCGCUAAUGGGAACGCUAAUGAGGAAAAUGGGGAACAGGAGGCUGACAAUGAGGUAGACGAGGAAGAGGAAGAAGGUGGGGAGGAGGAGGAGGAAGAGGAAGAAGGUGAUGGUGAGGAAGAAGAUGGAGAUGAAGAUGAGAAGGCCGAGGUAGCUACGGGCAAACGGGCAGCUGAAGAUGAUGAGGAUGAUAAUGUUGACACCAAGAAGCAGAAGACUGACGAGGAUGACUAGACAGCAAAAAAGUAAAAGUUAAAUUAAAAAAGGCCACCGUGACCUAUUCACCCUCCACUUCCCGUCUCAGAAUCAAAACGUGGUCACCUUCGAGUAGCGAGUCCCACCGGCCCACUUUGGGCAGCGCCACCUGCAGAUAACAAGCGCUCACCACCACCCAACCGAAACCACAACGUGAAUUUGCAACGGGAGAAAAAAACCAAAACUUCCAAGGCCCUGCUUUUUUUC